AUGGUCACUGCAACAACUUCUGUGGCCGCAAAUUAUUAUUGGAAUAAAGUGGAGCCACAGAUUGCGGGCAGAUUCAAACUUCUCAGCAACUCCACAAACAGCUGCUCCCUGAGCAUCACAGGUGCCAGGAAGGAGGACCAGGGAGCCUACUUCUUCAGAGUGAAGAGAGGAAAUGACAAAUAUAACUACAAAGAGAAGAAGCUGAACUUGCAGGUGACAGCCCAGCCUGACAUCGACUUUGAGAAGCCCCUGAUUUCUGGUCAUCCUGCAAGGCUGACAUGCAUCCUGAAGGUGUCUGCUGGAGGCCUGAGGAACAGACAGACAGACAGAUGCUGCCACUCCUGCCACUCUGCCCUGUGUCUGUGCCCAGCCCUGAGGAGCCUGAGCCACCACAGCUCUGUGGUCAUCCAGGAGGGCCAGUCCGUGCGUCUGGUGUGUGCGGCUGACAACAACCCCCCUGCCAGACUGAGCUGGAGCCUGGAUGGCAGAGCCCUGAGCCCCUCUGAGCCCUCGGAGCCCGGGGUCCUGGAGCUGCCCCACGCUGGGCCUGGGGAGCAGGGCCAGUUCACCUGCCAGGCCCACAACCAGCUGGGCACCCAGCACCUGUCCUUCAGUCUGUCCCUGCAGGGAAGCCUACCUCCCUGCACUUGCGCAGAGCAGGAGCAGGGUUCCUGGCCCCUGGUCCUCACCCUCAUCAGGGGAGGCCUCAUGGGGGCUGGCUUCCUGCUCACCUAUGGCCUCACCUGGAUCUACUACACCAGGUGCCCAGGCUCCUCCAGCAGACAGAACUGAGGAGAGACUCAGACACUGAGCACCCAGGGGAGGGCGCCUCUCAGCCCUCAGGACCCUCCCCAGCUGACCUGCACAUCUGGAUGAGGGCUGGUCCCUGCACGGGAUGCUGAGUGGCCACCCCAGUGGGAGAGACCAGCCCCACUGAGGACAGGAUGGGACCCUCCUGCUCCUGGGGGUAGGGGACAGGUCUGCCUCAAGGGGCCACAGCACUGGCACCAGGCCUGAGCAGAGGGCUGGGUGCUCACAGCCCCUCUGGUGAGGGUGGGUGUGGGCAGGUUCCUCCCUCUGACCCUCUUCCCAGUCUGGACAGAGGACUGGACUGGCAUCAGGCUCAUAGUGAGAGAAAGAAAGAAAGAAAGAAUCUUCUGUGAACACAGGACAGGCUGGGGAGUCUCAGCAACCUCCCAGAUGGUGCUGGUCAUGCUCCCCCAUAGCUGUGUCAGGGGCUGGGGUGGAGCACAGGAGGUAGAGCGCAGUCCUUACCUGCCCACCUGAGGACCUGGGGACAGAAAUGAACACAUUACUAAAACCAUCAAUCAAUAAAUCUCUUAAAAAUGGCUCUCUGUCUCUGGAGAAACAACC